GGUACAAAAGCGUAUCUUGAACCACGAGCUACGAGCCGAGUGCGCCAGGACAUCAUGCUCGUCAACGAUGAAGACUUCCAGACACUUUUGCUCGUUGCAGUCACGUCCAUUUCCAUGUGCGCGGCCACCUUGUUCACUCGGAAGGCAACGCAACGCUCCCGAACCGAGUCUGCCGCUCGAGAUACCAGACUCCAAGAAUUGAUCUCCGCAGAGGCGAAGUGGCCAGAUAUCGACGCCCCGGCUUACUUACCGCCUUUUCGUGAGAUACAAGUCGGCACCGCACCGCGUACCAUACUGCUGCAAGCUCAGCUACAACUCGAUUCUGCUGUAGAAACCUUGCAAGCAUACGAUACCGCCCAGAAGCAUAAUGCGGCAGCGCUUCUGUCUGGUCUGCAAGCACUCGCGGUUCUGGAGCAGGAGGAGGCCGAGCGGCGAGAGCCGAACUACUUUGGCGAGACAAUGAUCGAUCCUUGCGAAGCAUUUUCUGCCGAGAUUCGAAGACUUGUCGUAGCGAGCUCUGACACAAAAGCUCCAGCUGAGAUUGGGCGCGCCCGAGAGUUCUUGCGGUCGAUUGAGACCAGGACGAGCAAUAGACGCGAUAUGCGAAGAUCAUCAUGGACACUGUAAAGUAGCAUUGCAGAUUUGAUACGUUUGCAAUGCAUGGUCGUAGAUAUUACUGCAGGCUUUUAG